UUUCCCUUCUCUCUCUCACACACACUCUCUCUCUCUCACCCCUCGUACCUGCCAAGUACGCUUACCUGUACCUCCCAGUCUUCCCGCAUCAUCACCUUUCCAUUGUGUUCCUCUACACUCUCAUCCAGGCAACUAUAUAUAUACCCUCUCUCACACUCUUCUCUCAUUCCUCACCCACCCACCCACCCCCAACAACAACACCAACACAAACAAAAUCAAAAACUAAAAAAACCCCAUUUUUAUUUUCUGAUUUUCUCUCUCUAGCCACCACCACCACCAUGAAGCACUUGAUCCGCCGCCUCUCCCGCGUCGCCGACUCCUCCGCGCAGUACGCGCUCCUCCGCUCCGACUCGCGGCGGCAGCACCAGCAGCAGCGCUGCCGCCGCGCCCCCAAGAUCCGGCGCUCCUCCUCCGCCGCGGUGGUGCCGGAGGGGCACGUGCCGAUCUACGUGGGCGACGAGAUGGAACGGUUCGUGGUGUGCGCGGAGCUUCUCAACCACCCCGUGUUCGUGAAGCUUCUGAACGAGUCCGCGCAGGAGUAUGGGUACGAGCAGAAAGGGGUUCUGAGGCUACCGUGCUGCGUCCUCGUCUUCGAGCGCGUGCUCCACGCGCUCCGCCUCGGCCUCGACGCGCGUGAUGUCGCAGAGAUUGUUGGCUUCUCGUCCGAGGAGUGAAGCAAAUUCGCCAGAUCUCUGGUCUUUUGUUGUUUUGUACAUAUACAUUAGGCUCUUCGAAAAAGAUGAGGCACAGGAAAAAUGUUAGGCU